AGACAGUGACCAGUUACAAGUAGAACAAUGAAGGCUCCGGACAAAGUGAAAAAAGUAUGGGCCUUUGAGAAAAAUCCUGGAAAAGGGAGUGUUUCAUCCCUGUGGUCAGUGGUGCUGCUGGUGAUCUGUGUAUCUCUCUACUGUCUUUGCGUCCUCAAUUUUAAAAGCCUACCCCUUGAAGAACCCCCUACUAACGAGCAAAAAUUCAGUGGAGUUCGAGCAAAGGACUACCUGAGAAACCUAACAAGUCUAGGCCCUAGACUGGGAGGAAGUAGGGUAAAUGAAAUUGAAACUGUGAAUCUACUAGUGAACUGGCUCAAUGAGAUCAAGAUCAUAGCCGAAGCCCAUGGACGUAGUCUCGAUAUAGACGUUCAAAUAUCCGACGGUAGUUUGAAUCUUGCAUACAGCUCAAGCACUUUAUUAGCAGUUUACUAUGGAGUUAAAAAUGUUGUGGCCAGACUUCGCCCUAGCCUGCAAACACCUCCUAAUGCCCUUCUUUUAAAUGCCCACUUCGACACGGUAGCCACAAGUGAGGGUGGAGGAGAUGAUGGUUCUAUGUGUUCCGUGAUGUUGGAGGUCCUAGCCCAAUUGGCGAAAUCACCCACCCAGCUUGAGCACUCUGUAAUCUUCCUUUUCAAUGGAUUUGAGGAAAAUGCUCUCCAGGGUGCUCACGCUUUUAUCACGAAGCAUUCUUGGGCACCGUCCGUGAGAGCUGUUCUGAAUCUGGAAGCAGCUGGAAAUGGAGGUCGUGAAGUUGUUUUUCAAGCUGGUCCGAGGCAUCCAUGGCUUAUGAAUCAUUACAGGAAAGCAGUACCUAGGCCCUAUGCUUCCACAAUGGCUGAAGAAAUGUUUCAGGCUGAGUUAAUCCCUUCGGAUACCGAUUACCGCAUCUUCAGGGAUUAUGGGCGUAUUCCCGGAAUGGAUCUUGCUUUCACAUACAAUGGCUACUUAUAUCACACUCAAUACGAUACGGAAGAAAACUUUCCAGGAGAAAGUCUCCAAAAUGCUGGUGAUAACGUACUUCCUUUAGUUGAAUCCCUGGCUUCCAGUGAAGAACUUAGAGAUCCACGGAAUUAUGAAGAUGGUCAUGUGAUUUUCUACGACUUCUUUAACAUAGCUUUGAUAUACUAUAGUGAAAAUGCAGGAGCUAUCAUCAAUGCUGUUCUAGCCACAAUCGGAGUUCUUUUGCUGAUUGUCUCUUGUGUCUUCUUCGUUAAAUAUGGUCAGAUCCCUAUGUUGGUCUUUGCAAGGGAAUUGGGCUUUACAAUGAUCAUUCAGAUGCUAUCCCUAGCUGUAGGGGCUGGUUUAGUAAUGUUGGGCGCUAUAGUAUACCAUGCAGCUGGAAGGUCUCUGUCAUGGUUCACUUCCUCCUACUUACUGUUCUUUCUCUAUUUUUGCCCAUUCUUCUUGGGACUUGCUAUUGGACCGGCAUUUUUUGUUGGAUUCCGCCGUGGAAAUCCUCUGACCAUAUCACAGAAUGCCCAGUUAUUCCUUCAUGUUCAGCAUCUCUUCUACAUUGUACUGCUAUCAACACUGACAGGCAUGAGUAUUCGUUCCAGCUUCCUGAUCAUGAUCCCAGUAUUUUUCUACAAUGUCAGUCUCCUGUUCAAUGUGGCACUAAAACUCCAAGCCAGACCUCAUACAUGGAUGUUUGUACAUUUGCUUUGUCAGAUAAUUCCCUUUAUGUGGUUCUCUACAAACACCAUUGCUCAGUUCACAACAUUCAUCCCAAUGCAGGGAAGAAGUGGAGCUUUAGGGAAUCCUGAACUUCUAAUAGCAGCCUUCAGUAUAUUGUCUGCUGCUCUUUUGGGAAGUUUACUUGUCCCCUUGGUUACCAUCUGUCGCAGUCCACGCAUCACAGCUCUCCUUUUUGCUGUACUAUGGAUUGUUGGAAUUAUUAUCAUGGUCACCCCACAGGGAUUUCCCUUCCGUGAUGCUAAAACACCUCAGAGAUUCAGUAUUUACCAUAUGAAUCGACAAUUUCAUUCGCUGUCUGGAGAUCUUAGGCAUUCAGAUUCAGGAUUUUUUAUAUCUACCGUGGAUUCCCAUGGUAGAUCGGUAAUCCAGGAAAAUUUUGGUGAGGGUCAAAAUAUCAUUGAGAAUUGCGGUAUGGAAUUCCUUUGUGGAUUCCCUUUCGGAGUGUCUUCUAGUUUCUGGUAUCCAUCUGUUGUAAAAUCAACUAUUCCAGACACAGAAGUAUUGCUCAGAUUGACACAGCGGCAGGUAUUCAAUACUGGUUUUGAGAUUUUACACUUUGAGCUUCGAGGACCAGAUAGAAUGAACUUAUUGAUCUCUCCGGAAUCUGGGUCUAUCAUCACAGAUUGGAGUUUUGAGGAAGCAGUACCAAGUCGUCCAAAUAGAUCAUGGAAUAGCAGGAGAGUGUACUCUAUCACUUACACCAAUUUUAAAUUGGGAGUACCCGAACCAAGAGACUCGACAGAAUUUUGGGUAAAAGUGGAGAAUGUGACCAAUGGAAAGGUCUUAGAUAUAUCAGUCAGUGGACACUAUAUUUGGUACCACGAACAGAAGACAAAUGAAUUCAGACAGAAAAUCGCGGAAUUCCCUCCCUGGACUACUGUCCAAUCUUGGAUCAUGUCCUACGAUCACUAUGAAUUUUGAGCUUUAGAUUGCAUUGUAUCAGAUAACUUCUGGUGAUUAGAUAUUCCUGCUAUCAGCAAUAAAUCUUAUUGGGCUUGA